GGUGGGGCGGCGCCAUGGCGGAGCGCGGCGCCUGAGGCGGCAUGGAGGCGGAUUUCGCCGCCUUCGGCAGCCCGCUCUGCGGCGAGCUCAAGCGCUUCUGCAAGCGGCUGCGGGAGGCCUACAGGGAGAUCAAGGAGGACCUCACGCCCUACAGGGAUGACCGCUACUACCGGUUGGCACCGAUGCGGUUAUAUACACUAUCCAAAAGACAUUUUGUCCUGGUCUUUGUAGUAUUCUUUAUCUGUUUUGGUUUGACAGUCUUCAUAGGAAUAGCGGGUCCUAAUGUAAUUGAAACUUCUGUAGCAAGAACUGACUUAAAUAACAGCCUAAAGCUAAAGCCUUUUAAUUUAAGUUCACCACCAUUAUCUACUUACAACCAGCAACUGUGGCUGACCUGUGUAGUUGAAUUGGAUCAGCAUGAUGUAUCACUCAAAAGAAAUGUUAGUAUGACAGUGAAAGUACUCGGAGUGGUGAAGGAUGGAAGUACGCCAUAUGUUAAUAAUCAAGCUCACAACCGGACAAGGUUACUCAGCUGUGCACAAAAAUGCAGUGAAAUCAUUGUUGCUCACCUUGGCUACCUGAACUAUACUCAGUACAACAUAUUUGUUAGCUUUGAAGAUCUAUAUAAAUUAACAUACGUGAAGAAUAUUACUUUCACAUGGAAGACCUACAAUCCAACUUUUUCACAAGUAGAAAUCUGGUUCCGAUUUGUUUUUGUGGUUCUUACUUUUAUGGUCACGUGUCUGUUUGCACAUUCUCUACGAAAAUUCUCCAUGAGAGACUGGGGUAUUGAACAGAAAUGGAUGUCCAUCCUCCUUCCUCUCCUCCUUCUUUACAACGAUCCGUUUUUUCCCCUUUCUUUUCUGGUGAACAGUUGGUUUCCUGGAAUGCUUGAUGAUCUAUUCCAGUCGCUGUUUCUGUGCGCAUUGUUGUUGUUCUGGCUUUGUGUCUACCAUGGUAUAAGAGUACAGGGGGAAAGGAAGUGCUUAACUUUCUAUCUGCCCAAAUUAUUUAUUGUUGGACUAUUGUGGCUUGCCUCUGUUACAUUAGGAAUAUGGCAAACCGUCAAUGAAGUACGUGAUCCUACAUACCAAUACAGGGUUGACACAGGUAACUUCCAGGGAAUGAAAAUCUUCUUCCUUGUGGUGGCAACCACAUACAUUCUUUACCUUUUGUUCCUGAUAGUGAGGGCAUGUUCAGAACUUCGUAACAUGCCUUAUGUUGAUCUCAGGUUAAAGUUCUUGACUGCAUUAACCUUCAUAGUGCUUGUCAUUAGCAUUGUUAUACUCUAUCUGCGCUUUGGAGCACAAGUUCUACAGGACAACUUUGUUGCUGAGCUAUCAACUCAUUAUCAGAAUUCAGCAGAAUUCUUAUCAUUUUAUGGUUUACUGAACUUCUAUCUCUACACGUUAGCCUUCGUGUAUUCCCCCUCAAAGAAUGCACUGUAUGAAUCACAGUUGAAAGACAAUCCUGCUUUUUCUAUGCUGAACGAUUCAGAUGAUGAUGUGAUUUAUGGGAGUGACUAUGAAGAAAUGCCACUUCAGAAUGGCCAAGCUAUUAGAGCCAAAUAUAAAGAGGAGUCGGACAGUGAUUGAUUGAUUUUGAUGUAGAAAGACUUGUUCAGCUGGAAUUAAAGCAAUUAUGAAGUUUUCCUAGAAGGACCACUUCCUUGGUUUUCUUACAGUCUGCUGUUACCUGAACACCGAAUCCCAGGAAGGACAUCUUGUUUCUGUUUCUGUUUACAAAGUUAAAACUGAAAAAAAAAAAAAAAAAAAAAAAGAAUGCUUGAAAAGGUUGUGUUGGAAACUUAAGAAACCAAAAUUUACACACAUCUUAUAAAAUGUCUGAUGGCAGGAUGUCUAUGGACUAAAAUCUUUGAGUCUAAUUCAAUUUCGAGGUGUCAUUGAUUAUAUACUGAUUUUAAAAUUGCUUCUUUGCUGCUUGGUGUUUUUUUUUUUCCCCGUUGGGAUUAUGUAGAACAUAAUGUCUUUAAUCUCUUGCAUUUUGCUAGCUCCUUUGUAUAUUGUCCUCUGCUGUAUGAAGUGCCUCUUUUCCCUUUCAAUUUUGUACAUUAGUCAUUGUCAGUUGAACUGGAGGCAGGGAACGAUGUGCUUUAGGUUUCUCUCUGUUCCCCCCCCCCUUUUUUUUUAAGAAAUGCAGGAAAACACAAGCUUUCCAUUCCUUCUAAGAGGUGGUGUAGUCUUAAAACCAUUCUUUUAACUCAUUUAACGGGAUUUACUAGGUAUGUUCUAAGUGUGAGAUACGUGCAAGUAGUCAAGUUCUAGUGAGCCAAAAUAGUCUGUGGUCCAAAAUUAUUUGUAUAACAUAGGUUUCAUAACAUGCUUUAUCACCACAGCAAAACUGUUUUGUUAGUUCUGUUUUGUUUUCAAACAGCCCUCUCAAAUGAAAAUAUUUGGGCAGCAAAUCUCAGAAGGAAGCCAGUACUUUUUUUUCUUUUUGUGAUUGUGUGCUGGAGGAGAUUGUUACACUUACAAGAAUAUGGUACAGAGUUUCAUAGAGAAGUACAAUUUCAUAUUUCCAAACAUUUCAUUUUUAGAGGCUUUUUCUACAUCAAAAUUGUUCAUGAAGUUGUAUUAAUAGGCAGUUAUCUGCUUGGCUGCUCAUGUAUUGAACUUGUGUAACAGCUUCUGAGCAUGUUCUGUGCAUAGACUUCUCUCUCAUACCACAGUUGCCACCUCUACUGCUUGAAAUUUUUACAAGUACAUUUUACAAUCUGUAUUCCAGUCUGUGCUGGAACAAUUAUAUGGGAAUUCAUUAUUCCUAGUACAAUGCUGCUGCUUCUCAGCUUAAAAGCUGUUUUUAUCCUCCCACACUACUGUUCGGCGCUGUAUUUAAGUGGAUGCUAUUUGUUUCUAACUACUUCUAUGUUCUCAAGUACUUGACCUGUCUGAAAGUCUUUCUUUUUUCCUUUUUUAAUGGAUUCAUAACUUCAACUUACUCUUGUAGAAUCUCUCUGCCCUGCUGCUGUAGAAGACAGUAAAAAGUACUGUUAAUAUGUUAGGUAGAAAAUGAUGCUGGCUUACACUAGUAAAUCAUGCUUAUGAUUGAACUAGUUUAAGCAGAAUGGUGCAAUGAAGGCCUGCUAGACUUGCUGAAUUAUAUUGGGGGGGGAAGAGUAGAUGUGUUCUGCUUUUGUGCAACAAUUUUAGGCCAUAGCAGCUGCAAUAACCUCCUUGUAGCUGUUCAGGAGCAUUAAAGAGAGACCUCACAGGGAGCAAUUUGCUUACAGAAGACCAAAGGAACUGCUUCAUAUGGUUGCAUCCUUGCUGUUGUAAGAAUAGUUCAGAUUAAAUCAGUGAUCUGUUAAAGACAAGUGUGGUAAGAUUGCGUAUGUGUGUGUAAUGCAGACCUCUGAAUUCUUUGAGGAUAUUUGGAAUUUAAAACUUACUGUAACAGAGAUAAUGUAUUUGUUAGAAGCCAAAGUACCAUUAUACAAUAAUGCUAAAACAAAGAAAAUGCUGGGGGGGGGGGGGUAAAUGUCUUAAUUAAUUGGCAUCAGUUUAGAAUAUAUAGGAAAACCAUUACAGAGGUAUGCAAGUUUGUGGGGGUUUUGUCAGUGAACUGUACUAAGCUGUACCUUCAGCAUUUAUUUUCAGAUAUUUUUUUUAACAAGUAUAGGGGAUGAUCUUUUAUCCUACAAGAGGAGAGACCGUUCGCAUUUUAUUAUUCCCUAGAUGAUUUUCUUGGUGUGUAUGGUUGUUUGAAUUUGCAGUCAGACUCUGCAGCCAGCUAGACACUGUUUGUGUAUCCCAAGCCCCUUUGACUUCCAUUGAAGCGAGUACAGGAAUUAGGUCUUCAAAAAUUCAGAUUUACGUGAUCCUUACGUAUUCAAAUCUCUCUCAUUAAUUCUCUUCUGUGCUGUUUUGAAUUGAUAAAAUACUUGAUUUGACAAAUGUGCAAAGUAUACUGCUUCUUAUGACGGUUGGAGUUGGUUGUUACAGCUGACCCUGAAAUAGUGUCAUGCUUUGUGAAUUCAUUAACUAAAAGCAUUUCUAAUCUAACUGUGAAAUAAUGAUUUUUCAAAGCUGUUUUCAGCCAAUUUUACUUGCCAUUUUGUCUACCUUCACUUUUCUACAUGACUGUAUUCAAAAUGAAAAUAGGAGAGCUGAGAUAGGGAAAUGUGCACUUCAAAUAAGUAUCUCACCAAAAAUAACUUCCUUUCUAAUUUUUUUAGAGAUUAUAUUUAAGCAAUAUUUGCCAUACAAAAUAGGUUUGUAUUUUAGAUGUGCUAGAGUGUAAUGGUAAGGUUGGUUGAAGAACUGUCAUAUCAAAUUCAGUGCAUAGUCAAAAAGCAAAAGCAGUGAAGCAGGUAGUUCGGCUAGCAAGAAAUUUUGAUUUUACUCCCCUUAUCUGUAAACAAUUGGAAAGCAGAGACAGUAUUUGAGGAAUAUUACAGAAUGGAUUACCAACAGCUUCAGAGUAGGUGGCAUAAAUUCACUGCUGAGUAAUAUGUUGUAACCUAAGGGUAAAACAGAAGAGAUCUGGAUAAGAAACUAAUCUGGCUUUCCUUUAGCUACACUUAAAAGGAAUUCAGUAUCUCCAGCCCUCCCGGAGCUGUGUAAAAUGAGAAAAGUGUACAAAAGGCCUCGCAGUAUAUAGCGUUACUGCUCUACAGGAGAUGCUUUCUAUUAAAUAACUGUAAGACUUCCAUGUACAUUGUGAUCAAGAUGGACUUUUAAGAAAUCGAUUAUAAUUGAGGAUGAACCCGUUAAUGGCAACGGUUUUCUGUAGUGUUUGCUUUAAAAAUACAGUUGGAAUUCCUAGGGCUGGCAAAGAAUAGGAAGGAAGCAUAUGGCUCAGUGCAGUAAGGAAGAGCUAGUCCACCAGACCUGCGAACUAAUACGGGGGGAAAAUGGAAAGGUGUUUCCAGCUAGAAAAGGUUUUGAUCGGUUAUCUCUGAGCCAAAACACAACCUUGAAUCCAUAACCACCUAGUUUUUGCCCACUUUUUUGCUUGUGCCAGUAAUAACCAUUGCAUUACUGUAAAAAUUUUAGAGGUUUGUAAAUAUGUAAAAUUAAGAUAAAAUAUGGAAUUUUUGUGUACCAAAAUGGUAUAAAAUGUGUAAGAUUAAUGCUCUGUUUAAUGAGAAGCUGUAAAUUAAAUGCUGCUUUGAAAAAGUGUGCAUGGGGACGUGUUAAAUAUUCUGUCUAGAAAUUGUGUUAAUGACAGCAAAUAGUCCAUUAUGUUGGAAAACUUCAUCCUAGUAUGGAAUAUGAAGCAAAACUAGUAUUUCAAGCAAGUUGAGUACUGAGUUUCUUGGAAGACUUCAUGUGUAUAAGCAUUGUUAAAUACUCAGAAUAAAGUUUUAUAUCU